UUUGGUCAAAUUUAAGGAAAAUAACAAUGUUGGAUUGGGGUCCAGUUUUGGUCUCAGUUAUAUUGUUCAUCCUGUUGUCUCCAGGACUAUUAUUUCAACUUCCAGGACAUAGGCAUUGUGUUGAAUUUGGGAACUUUCAUACAAGUGGAGCUUCAAUUAUGAUUCAUACUUUGCUCUAUUUUGCUCUUGUUUGUGUCUUCUUUCUGGCUGUUAAGGUUCAUCUCUACCUUGGUUAGAGUUUGAAUGUAUUCAUUUUG